AAGACCUCGGCUGCCUAUCAAACAGCAAACGAAGGAAUUUCAACCAUCGGAGCGUCUUUUGUGUCAGACAUCAUCAAGUCAAAAAGAAGAGAGGAAAGCCUGCUAAAGAAAGAAGUAGUGAAGGUGACUAUGGAGGAUGUGCAGAAGAUCGCAAUGUUGGCAAUGAAAGAAGACAGUCCGGAGAGGGAUCGAGAUGCGUUGCUGGCAAUUCUAUCGUUCAAUGUCAUGCUAAGAGCAUCGGAAGCAGCUGAGAUCAAGUGGGCAGGAGUAACACAGAAGGACGGAAUGAUUGAGGUGCAUGUAGAGAAGGCAAAGAAUAAUCAGUUGAGACUUGGAAGACGUUCGUUUUUCAACUACGAGCCAGGCAGCGAUGCGGACAUCUUGAUGUGCCGAUGGAGACUUCGAACCAAAAGAAAGUGUCCAUACGUCUUUUCACACCUGGUUGUAUGUGUCUGUAUCCUUUACACGACCUUAUUAUUCUACGUAAAACCUAUUUAG